AUGGGGCCUUUUCCGUCUCUAAGUCUGCGUAGGCCAACCGUCUCCGCCUCCGCCCCCUUCUACCCACCCCGCUUUCCCUUCAACACAGGUUACCAGCCUUUUGUCUGUCCUUUUUGCUGUUCAGAUUUCCAAGAGACCGACUCUGAUCCGCAGACCUCAGCGGACGCCAACGGCGGCGGAUCCCAUGCCAACUCCCUCACAGACAUCCAGCGUCACCAAAUUAAGCACAGAGAACUCUUCCUUUCACGUCAGGUGGAGUGCCUGCCGGCAACUCAUAUUCGAGGUAUGUAGGAGGUCGCAUUUACCUGUCUGGAGACUCAAUUUUGGCAUUCUUCUUUUUUAGCCACUCUAUUGAUGGUGGCUGAUUGGUAGUUGGUUUAAAUAUAAAGUCCUGCAUACUGUGUGCCUUGCAGUGCGACUUGGUUGGCUGACGGGAGAACUGGGCAUGGGUGGUAAGCCGACCAAUAGGGGUUUCUCUGACCACCAGCCAUACAAUGAGAACAACAUUGUGGCUAGUGGAGAGCCGCACAGAAUGCACUUGACUGCAUUCCUCUGCAAGUGGCUCUUGCCAAACUCGCGUUAGGCAGCUGGAUCUGAGAUGUGCAUGGCAUAGUUGGCCCUGCUCCUCGUCGCAGGGCGUCGGUGUUACUGGCACACUCGAGUUGGCAACUACGAUGUGCCUCGUGGUGUCUGGUGGAUGAUUUGAUUGAUGUUGAUCACGCUGUUCUCUGACUGGGUCAGUCGUUUCGAGAUGCCUGAAAUUUGAUGUGGCUGUGACAUGUGUCUAAGGCAAGAAGACUCUGAAUACCGCUGAGGAAGGUCCUAUGAAUUUGUCUGCAGAUACUCAAGCCACGCAAUUUUGGCACACACACACACACACACACAUGAGGCUGGUGACAGUCGUCUUCCCUUAAUUCACUUUCUUCUACUUCCACACGGUUUCAUUUACAACAACAAUUGACCCGGAACAUGCACAGGUGGUAAAAGUACCUUUGAAACAUUACUAAUCCUGCCAGUGGAGAUGAAUGACAGAGGUUAGUGAAGCAAUCGGUCAGAAGGGAGCAGGUAGUCUUUUCAGACGGUUCCGGACUGAUUGGGGGUUUGUUGCUUCCCUUGUCCUCACCUCUGCACAGUUUUGCUCUCCUUCAGUCUACAAAACCAACUACUAUGGGACUGUUAAUUGCUGACAGUUUUCUUUGAACACUGAGGAAUAUGAGGCCCGUUUGCUG